AUGUCUACCCCGGUUCUCCGCAUAGGCAUUCUCGGCGCCACCGACGCUGUCGAAACAACCUAUCUCCCAACACUAAUAAGCCUCAAAUCCCACUUCUCCAUCAUCGCCCUUCAAUCCAGCAACCCCGAGGCCCUCAAAAGCUGUCAAAAGCUCUUUGCCAUCCCCAGCAUUACCACAAGCCCCGAAGAAAUCCUCUCCAACGCCCAAGUAGAUGUCAUCCUCAACCUCUUCCCUUUCGAACACCAUGAAAAAUACACCAUCGCCGCCCUCGAAUCGGGAAAGCAUGUCAUGGUCGAAGUUCCCCUAUCAAUGACAAUCGACUCCCUCCGCCGAAUCCGCGCCGCAACCAAAAAAGGCCUCUUAGCCCGCUCACCCGACGAAACCACCUCCGCCCCUCGCGUCUUCGUCGGAUGCGCCCGCCGCUACGCACCAUGCUUCACAGACAUCUUCAAAAAGGAACUGGCUACCCUCCCCCGGAUUUAUUACGCGCGAUGCCGCAAUAUCUCCGGUCCUCUCCGCGUCCCGAAAGACGGGUACGUUGACAAAGUCAACGAAUUACACGGAUCGAACGACCCCAGCGGCAACGAAGUAAGUGGACGUACAAGCCAAUCGCAAUUCCAGAACCUGCUUGUCGACAUCUUCGGCUCGGAUGGAGACAUCACGCCUGAACGGGUCGCGUUCUGCCAGUUUCUUGGUAGUCUCGGAUGUCAUGAUCUAUCAUUGAUGCGCGAGUCGCUUGGUUUCCCGGACGCCGUUUCCUGUGUAUCGAUUACAGAUCCGUUCUACUCUGCUGUUUUCCAUUACACGGAUGACUCGAGUAGUGAUGGAAAUCCGUUUACGUUGCUCUAUGAGGCUGGGGUUGAUACGCUGCCAAGGUGUGAUGCCCAUCUUACUGUUUAUGGGGCGAGGAAGACGCUUAGUGUGGUUUAUGACUUCCCGCAUCCUGGGGAGGCGGCGGGGGAGGAGAGGUCGGUGAAGGUCAUUGUUGAAGAGGUUGAUUGUGGGGAGGAGAUGGGAAAUGGCAAUGGCAAUGGCAAUGGAAAUGCAACCAAUAGAAACGGAAACGAGACCGCACCUAGUGUCGUUCGUCCCCGCGUCAAGAGAACAGAGUACGUGAGUUCCUGCAACGAAGCAUAUGAUCGUGAAUUGCGCGCCCUGCACUCCUAUCUCACGGGUGGAAACGGCCCAGAGGCGAAGACAACCCCAGAAGACGCCCUGAGUGAUCUCCGUCUGCUGCAUAUGAUCUUCGGACACUAUGACCGGCAGUGUGGAACCAUUCGCACCCCGUUGGGUUAA